GGCUCAGCCUUCGCGCCCGCUGGGCUCCGCGGCCAACAGGAGCGGGGAAGCGAGCCGGGCGCCGGGCCCCGCCAGGACGCGCUAGGCCGCAGGCUCGGUUAAUAUUCAUGAGCAACCGGGAGGCGCCCCUCCUCCACGGCGGUCGGCCGGACCCCUACGCCCGCCGCCGGCCUUUGUGCCCUUCCCUCCUCCCUCCGGCUCUCUCUCGCUCCGCACACGCGGGUGCGGCCCCUCCGCCCCCACCGGGCGCCUGCCGUGGGCUUUCCUCGGCCACGCGCCUGGACCGACCAGACGGGGUGGUCCGAGGUGGCGCGAAGGGAAGGAACCCGCGGCGAACAGGACUCCCCGCCCGCGGGCUCUGCACCCUCUCGGUUAAAGCGGAAAAUCAAGAGAAACGCACCGGAGGAAGCGGACUACUGGAUCCUCAGGGGACUACCAGGCUCCGGGACAGCGCGCCCAGCAAGCCCAGCGCUAGCUGGUCCCAGCCGGCCGACGACCAGGCGCUGCCCGCCGCUGCGCUCCCAGGCCGCCGCCCCCGGCCGGCCGCUCCCAGACACCGCCGCGACCUGUCCCGGCCGGCCCCGGGCUCUCGGCCGCCGCGGGAGGGCGUGGGGCGGGGCGGCGGCCGCCGGACUCUCCCCUCGCCUCGCGGGGCCGGGCCGGGGCCGCGCUCGAGCGCCCGCGAUCGCCAAGUGACAGAAGUGCUUUGCUCCGCUGCGAAGCCGAGCUGCUUCCCGGGGGCGGAUUUCUCGCUUCUUCCUCCCUAGAUCCACCUCCUCCUACUCCACCUCCUUCCCCUCCCCUCCCCAGGGGAGGCUCGGGGGCUGAAUAUUUUCUGUCUUGAAUAAUAGGGUCCCGGGAACCGACCCUAGAGAAGGGGGAUUAGCCUGGGGGGCGGGAGGGAGUUGCUCGCCACCAGCUUCCCAGUGUAUGUCGGGACCUACAAGCCCACGCUGCCCAACCCCCGGUACCACCCUAAGUCCGAACACAAAUAAAACCUUCCCCGCCUUCUCCUAUCUCCCGAACACUGAGCGGGAGCGGCCAGGAACAGAGCUUUCUACUGGGAAGACUCGAGCAGCUGAAAAAAUUCGGCGGUGUAGGCGAAACGGAGGAGAGGUGGCUGCGUGCUCCACACUACCGAUCACAGCGCCUCCGGGCUUAGAGGACCACCGCAGCCAGUCCGCACUCAAUUCCCGGGCCUGGCCACAGACCGCUGGCGGCUUGCCCCGCCCCGCCGGCCUCGGGACAUCUCCCGCUGCAAACCGUCCAAUCCGGAGACGCGUCGGGACAGCAGGAGCCAGUCAGGAGCUGCUGACUCAAGCUUCCCUCCACCCUUGUCCCGCCCCCCAAAAGGAAAAGCCACCUCCCCUUUGUCUCCCCUUCCCACCCCACCCUGGCUCUAGGGAGGUAUCUUCGCAGCUCUCAUCAUCUAGGGGUGGAAGUAGAGUAGCCUGAGGAAGAGGCAGCGUUUGUCACCUUGUUGCUUUCAUCUUCGCCCCUUCCCACCCGCACCCCUCCUCCCUUUCCCCUUCCUCCUGCGGGUGCUGUUGAGGGUCAUUUUAAUCCGCGCUCAGGCCGGGGUACUGCCAGCUAUUGUGUCUGAUCCGCUGCCACCACUACCAUCCUGAGGUAGAAAAGAGGAACAAAACCAAAAAGCUACGGAGUCUGUUUACCUUCUUACGACACUAUCCCGAGAGGAUUUAGAGACACCUUCCCACCCCACUCCUAUCUUUCCCACCCCUCCCCCUGCCCGCUGCCUCAAGUCCUGUUUCUUGAUGAUGUAAAAAACAAAACAAAACACUAAAAACACUCCCUGGAGCCUGAA